GAUUACCAAUUUUAGAGAAAACAAUCUUUUGAAUUUAUAUUUUAUACCAUUUGAAUUUUACAUAUAUAAAAGAAAACAAAGAUUUGCAAAAUAAGAAUAUUUACUCAAAACAUAUUGAAACCGAAAGAGUACUUAUUAGUAGUAAUUUUAUUACUAUAUAUAAAUAAAUAAAAGUGGAAUAAAAUAAGCAUAUGAUGAGUGAUCCAAAUCAUCCCAAAAAAUAAUUUCAUCUUCACACAGUCACUGAUUCAAUGAGUGAGUGAGCAGCGUCACUCACUGUGUUCUCUUCUCUUCACAGCCUUUACUACUUUCUAUUUCAAGAUCUACUUCUUUUUUAACUCAUUCUCACCACUACAUUUCAAUUACAACAACAUCACAUUGUGUUUUUCUUUUUUUCACUUACAAAAAAAGAAAGAAAUGAAAGCUUCAGAAAAACUAAUUUGGGAACAGAUGAAGAGUACUCCUAAAUCUUGUGGUGGCACCCCCAUUUCCAACGGAGGUGUAGUACUAACUCAAUCUAAAACCUCCCACAAACUUCUCGUUUUACUCAUCCUUUUCGUUUCCGUUACCUACGUUCUUUACUCGCUCAAACUCGUUUCCACUUCACGCGCUUGCAAAGAUUCACCAUUCUCCUCUACCGACACUACUCAUCUCUCUACUUCCUCCUCCUCUACCCCACUCAUCAAUGCCACCGCCGCCAUCCGUCUCGUCACCGACGAAGACAAGCCAGAGCCACCGACAGACCUCCGUCAUGUGGUUUUCGGAAUCGCCGCAUCGGCGAAACUCUGGGAGCAAAGAAAAAACUACAUUAAGUUAUGGUACAGAUCAAAGGACAUGCGAGGUGUAGUGUGGUUAGACAGUAAAGUAAAAACGGAAAAGAAUGAAAGUCUCCCGCCGGUGAGAAUCUCCGGCGACACUUCAAAAUUCGCUUAUAAAAACAAACAAGGUCAUCGCUCAGCGAUAAGAAUCUCACGAAUCGUAUCUGAAACACUUCGUCUUGGAAUGAAAGAUGUACGGUGGUUUGUUAUGGGUGACGACGACACCGUUUUUGUUACCGAGAAUCUGGUGAGGAUUCUGAGGAAAUAUGAUCAUAAUCAAUUUUAUUACAUCGGAAGUUUAUCGGAGAGUCAUUUGCAGAACAUUUUCUUUUCUUAUGGUAUGGCUUAUGGUGGUGGUGGAUUUGCUAUAAGCUAUCCUUUGGCAAAAGCGCUACACAAAAUGCAGGAUCGUUGUAUUCAGAGAUAUCCUGGAUUGUAUGGUUCAGAUGAUAGAAUGCAUGCUUGUAUGGCUGAACUCGGUGUUCCACUCACUAAAGAAACAGGGUUUCACCAGUAUGAUGUGUAUGGGAACCUGUUAGGUCUUCUUGCAUCUCAUCCGGUGACUCCAUUAGUGUCGUUGCACCACCUUGACGUGGUUGAGCCAAUCUUCCCCAAUGUGACUCGUGUAGAAGCCCUCCAACGGCUUACUAUACCAAUGAAACUUGACUCGGCAGGGCUCAUGCAGCAAUCCAUUUGCUACGACAAAUCAAAUCGCUGGACUGUUUCUGUUUCUUGGGGUUUCGUUGUUCAGAUAUUUCGAGGAGUGUUUUCACCACGAGAGAUGGAAAUGCCUUCAAGAACGUUCUUGAAUUGGUACAGAAGAGCAGAUUACACUGCAUAUGCAUUCAACACGCGUCCCGUUAGUCGAAAUCCAUGCCAGAAGCCUUUUGUAUUUUACUUCUCAAAGGCAAAAUCCAACGAUACAACCCAACAAACGCUGACUGAAUACGAACGGCACCGCGUCCCUCACCCAGAAUGUCGGUGGAGGAUGGCCAAUCCUUCUUCUAUUGACAAAGUGGAGGUAUAUAAGAAGCCAGAUCCGCAUCUAUGGGAUAGAGCUCCAAGGAGAAACUGUUGCAGAGUUAUGAAGUCGAAAAAGAAAGGAACGAUGGUGGUAGAUGUGGGUAUGUGUAGGGGAAAUGAGGUAAGUGAAGCAUAGUUUUUACACGUCACUGAUAAAUUAAGUUAUAAUAGGGAGGUGGAUUAAUCUUAUGCAUUAUCUUCUCUUGGAGUUGCAUACAAAAAUUUAUUUAUUUAUUUUGGUGGCUCACUCCCACGGAUGAAAUUUUGUAAUUCUUCCCCCUGGGUUGGCUCGAAGGAGGUGUGAUAAAGUUGGGGAAAAGUUCAUGUACAAAGGAAUUUGUAGUUUAAACAAUUUAGAUGGGACAAUGGCAGGAAAGUUUUAAUUUGUAUUAUUUCUGAAGAGCCAUGCUUAUGAUUAUUUAUUUUUUUGACAGA